GCAGUGUUUUCUGGGAUGAGAACCACGCCGCCUCCAAGCCACGGUGCUACCAGGGAAGCGCGGACCUUUCAACGAGAGCUUUACUAAUUCUCACGCUGGGCCCCUGGAAGGCAAUGGAGGUAGCCGCUAAUUGCUCCCUGCGGGUGAAGAGACCUCUGCUGGAUCCCCGCUUCGAGGGUUACAAGCUCUCCCUCGAGCCGCUGCCCUCUUACCAGCUGGAACUUGACGCAGCUGUGGCAGAAGUAAAACUUCGAGAUGAUCAAUAUACACUGGAACACAUGCAUGCUUUUGGGAUGUAUAAUUACCUACACUGUGAUCCAUGGUAUCAAGACAGUGUCUACUACAUUGAUAACCUUGGAAGAAUUAUGAAUUUAACAGUGAUGCUGGACACUGCCUUAGGAAAACCACGAGAGGUGUUUCGACUUCCUACAGAUUUGACAGCAUGUGACAAUCGCCUUUGCGCAUCCAUCCAUUUCACAUCUUCUACCUGGGUUACCUUGUCAGAUGGAACUGGAAGACUGUACCUCAUUGGAACAGGUGAACGUGGAAAUAGUGCUUCUGAAAAAUGGGAGAUUGUAUUUAAUGAAGAGCUUGGGAAUCCUUUUAUCAUAAUUCACAGUAUCUCAUUGCUGAAAGCUGAAGAACAUUCAAUAGCUACUCUCCUCCUUCGAAUAGAGAAAGAGGAAUUGGCUAUGAAAGGAAGUGGUUUCUAUGUUUCCUUGGAGUGGGUCACUAUUAGUAAGAAAUAUGAAGAUAAUAAAAAAUAUGAAAUGGCUAAGUGUAAUAUUCUCCGUGGGAAGUCCGUGCCACAUUAUGCCGCUAUUGAGCCUGAUGGGAACGGUCUGAUGAUUGUCUCCUACAAGUCCUUUACAUUUGUUCAAGCUAGUCAGGAUCUUGAAGAAAGUAAGGAUGAAAACAUGUCCGAGGAAAUCAAAGAACCUCUGUAUUACUGGCAACAGACUGAAGAUGAUUUGACAGUAACAAUACAGCUUCCAGAAGACUGUACUAAGGAAGACAUUCAAGUACAGUUUUUGCCUGAUUCUGUCAACAUUGUACUGAAGGGUCAGAGGUUUUUGGAAGGCAAUCUCUUUUCAUCUAUUGAUCAUGAAAGCAGUACAUGGAUAAUUAAAGAAAAUAAUAGCUUGGAGAUUUCCUUGAUGAAGAAGAAUGAAGGCAUGACAUGGCCAGAGCUAGUGGUCGGUGAUAAACAAGGGGAGUUUAUAAGAGACUCAGCUCAGUGUGCUGCAAUAGCCGAACGUUUGAUGCAUCUGACCUCUGAUGAACUGAAUCCAAAUCCAGAUAAAGAUAAACCUCCUUGUAAUGCUCAAGAGUUAGAAGAAUGUGAUAUUUUCUUUGAAGAGAACUUCAGUUUAUGCAGAUUUGAUGGCAAUACAUUAAAAACUACUCAUGUGGUGAAUCUUGGAAGCAACCAGUACCUUUUCUCUGUCAUAGUGGAUCCUAAAGAAAUGCCCUGCUUCUGUUUGCGCCAUGAUGUUGAUGCCCUGCUCUGGCAGCCACACUCCAGCAAACAAGAUGAUAUGUGGGAGCAUAUUGCAACCUUCAAUGCUUUAGGCUAUGUCCAAGCAUCGAAGAGAGACAAAAAAUUUUUUGCCUGUGCUCCGAAUUACUCCUAUGCAGCCCUUUGUGAAUGCCUUCGGCGAGUUUUCAUCUACCGCCAACCCGCUCCCAUGUCCACUGUACUUUACAACAGGAAGGAAGGCAGGCAAGUGGGGCAGGUUGCUAAGCAGCAAGUAGCAAGCCUAGAAACCAAUGAUCCUAUUUUAGGCUUUCAAGCAACAAAUGAGAGAUUAUUUGUCCUCACUACCAAAAACCUCUUUUUAAUAAAGGUAAAUACAGAAAAUUAAUUACUCCAACACGUUGGCGUCUCGGUACUGCUAAAGUAUUCAGUGGUAGCUGGAAGGCUGAGCAGUUUUGCUAUAACCUGUUAAGUUUUACUGUGUUAAAUAAAAUUACCUUGUAUGAAUUUUUUAAAGGAUGUUGGAAAUAUAUUUGCAAUUAUGGGUCUAUAAACGAUAUGGAAUGAAGCUGCAAAUGUAGAGAAAACAGCUUCUGUAAAAAAUGUCAAGAUAAUAUUAGCAAGUAUAAUUUUUUAAAAAACAGGCUAGAAUCUGAACUUUUAUAUGAAAGAUGUACAGUUCAUUGUUUAAACAAAAAUAUUUAUCAUGUAUUCUGUUCACUGAUAUAGUUUCUACUUCUAUACCUAUAGGAUAAUAGUUAAUUCUUGUACAUAAUGUUAAAGGGACCGAAUAGCUAGUGUAGAGGGGGAUAUAUAACGGGUACAGCAGGUCUAAUAUUGUUUAAGUUUGUUGAAGAGACCUGAGGUGUUUUUUCAAAAUAAGUAUAGCUUUAUUUUAACUUUUAUAAAUCCACUUGGUCUUCCACAGAAUAGAUAGAGAUGAUAGGUUCUACAAAGUGUAGCUCUUACCCAUUGCCAUAUAACAAACCACUCAAAAACUUAGGGGUUUAAAACAGGAUGUUUUAUAAUUUGUCAUGGUUCACUGAUUUGACUAUCUCUGUUCUGCAUGGCCUCUCCUCCUCCAGUAAGCUAGAAUGUGUUUUUUUCCCAUAACAGAGAAAACAUUACAAGAGAGCAAUUCCCUAAUGCACAAGAGUUUAUCAAGCCUGUACUUGCAUCGUAUUUGCUCAUCUUCAGUUGAACAAAGCAAGUAGCCAAGUCUAGAGUCAGUGUGAGAGGUGAGCACACAAGGGUACAGAUAGUAGGUGGAAUGAUACUGGAAGCCGUUAAUGUAACAGUGUACCAUACAAAUUAUAAUUUAUCCUUGUAGUUCUCCCUGUAGUUCUACAGUUAAAAAACUAAUCCUAUUUAUACAUUAAAUAUGUCUUGCCAUGAAUUUUAGUUUCUUACAUUAUUUUCUUGGAUUUUUUUGGUGUGCAUUUACCUGGGAAAUUGUUUACUUUUAAACCGUUUUUGUAUGCUUCUUACAUAAAUGUCAAAUUAACUUUUACAAUAGGAGAAUUGAGAUUUUAGUAUGAGACAGACAGUAAAGAAAAGAGAUACAAGAUUGGAAACAUUUGUUCCUAACAUAUCUCUUGCUUAUCUAGACAAGUGUUUGGCUGGAUUAAAUUUUAGUGAAAGAAGGAAAAAUAAGUUUGAGAGACAGAAAGGGAGGGAAAAGAUGGGGAUUACUUUCAUGUUUCAGCACUUUGUCAGAAUGCAUUUUCCUGGAGAGAAGUAUUGGGAUACUUGCUACAAAGUUGGGGAAAGGCCUAAGAACUUGUAGACAGUGGAGUCCUAAUAGUACUUUUUUUUUUUUUCUAAUAGUACUUUUAAUACUAGGAAAGAGACAGACUAAAUCACUAUCAAGCACCAUGAGAUCAUGAACAGAGAGGGAAAAAAAAUGUAUGGCUGGACCAAAAAACUGGUGAUAUUUCCAGAAUUUUUUAGUUUAAUUGUCAAAUUCAAUGAAACAAAAGAUUAUUUAGAUGGUGAACUAUUAAAAGCUUUUGUUAUGUGACAGAUUUAAGUUUUCUUUAAAAUUUACCUCAAAGAUCAUAAAUACUCUUAGGGAAUUUAAGAAAAAUACAGAUUAAUGUGGUGCUUAGUUAACCAUAUGACUAUAUAUAUAAAUAUAUGCAAAUUUCCAUAUGGUCGUCAAUUUUCUUCCCUUUGUAUAUGUUAUUUUUAACAUGAUUAAUGUUGAAUUGAAACCUAUCAGGAUUAUUCAUCCUAAAUAUUUUUGCAUGUUGGUCUGUGUUGAGUCAUAGGGCAAGAGCAGUGAUUCCAAGCCAUGUUUUCUCAAAAUGUUUCAAGAAUUCCACAAACAUUUAACUUAAUUUAAACAAUGUUUUAGCAUUUAAAUGAAGUAUAUACAAGUGCUAUGAAUGUAGUACCUUGUGUUUUACUGAUUUUACCAUAAAUUAUAAAUGGGAAUUUAUAAACUAUUUGAUAGUAAUAAAAUAAUAUUGUGUUUUUCAUAUGGAGUCAUUUAACAGUAUUCAUUAUAUCAACAUGUUUAGUAGGCAUCAGCAUGUACAAAAACAUAUUUUCAGUACUAAGAAUAAUACAGUGUUAAGUUAAAAACAAAAAGUCUAGUAAUUUCUAGGUGAAGUUUCUCUUUGAAUAAAAAAGUAGAUGGGAGAUUUGUGGAGCUGUUGUAUUUGAAAGACAUUUAACCAGGGAUGGAACCUAUACAAGAACAGACAAAAGAGUUGCCAGUGGAAAGGGUCAGAAAGAGGAUAAUAAAGUUAAGAAAUUAACCAAAGGAAAGGGUCAUAAGAGACUACUAUGAACAAUUUAUAACACCAAGACUGAAUCAUGAGGAAAUAGAAAAUCUGAACAGACCAUUUACUAGUAGAAAGUUAUCCAAAACCUCCCAACAAAAGACCAGGACCAGAUGACUUCACUGAUGAAUUCUGGUGAACAUUUAAAGAAUUAAUACCAAUUCUACCCAAACUCUUCCAAAAAGUAGAAGAGGAGGGAACCCAUCCAAACUCAUUUGAGAUGGCCAGCAUUACCCUGAUACGAGAACUACACCAGCAUACCACAAAUAAAGAAACUUAGAGGCCAGUAUCUGUGGUGAACAUAGAUAGAAAAAUCCUUAAUAAAAUACUAGCAAACCAAAUUCAGCAAUAUAUCUAUAGGAUUACACACCAUGAUCAAGUGGGAUUUAAUCCAGAGAUGUAAGGAUGAUUCAGUAUCUGCUCAUCAAUGUGAUCUACCACUUUAAUGUAAUGAAGGAUAAAAAUUAUACAGUUAAUAGAUGGAGAAAAAGCAUUUGACAAAUUUCAACAUCCAUUUAUGAUAAAAAUUCUCAACAAAGUGGGUUUAGAGGGGAUAUACCUCAACAUAAUAAAGGCCAUAUUUAACAAGCCUACAGCUAACAUCAUACUUGAUGAUAAAAAAUUUUUUUUCUGCUAAGGUCAGGAAUAAGACAAGGAUGCCUACUCUUGCCACUUUUAUUCAACAUAAUACUGAAAAUCCUACCCAUAGCAAUUAGGUGAAAGAAAAGGCAUCCAAGUUGGAAAGGAAGACGUAAAACUGUUACUGUCCACAGAUGCCAUGAUAAAUUAAAGACUCCACCAAAAACACAC